AUGGUGGCUAAGCUUUUAGGUUGUCGAGUGAAUGUCAUUGCCCUUCAAAACAGGUUGCUUGCUCUGUGGAAAUCAAAAGGUGGGAUAAAGUGUGUUGACAUUGAGAACGAUUAUUUUGAAAUCAGCUUUGGUAAUUCGACAGAUUUUUCGAAAGUGCUUGCGGAGGGUCCUAGGAUCGUUUGCGGACAUAAUUUCACUAUCCAACCAUGGUCUCUUUCGUUUGAUCCCUCUAACCCUCAUCCGAGUUCCAUUGUGUCAUGGAUUCGAAUCCCCAACCUCCUCAGUUCUCUCUACCAUAAGCCUAUUCUCGAGCAGGUGGGUUCCAUGAUCGGCAAAGUCAUUAAAAUUGAUGAACGUACCCUUCUUGCCACGAGAGGCUGUUUUGCUCGGUUGGUUGUCACGGUGGAUCUCACGAAACCCUUGAUUACCAGGAUUUUAGUGAACGAGAAUCUUAAGGUCAUUGAAUAUGAAGCUCUCCCGAUUGGAUGCUUCUAUUGUGGCGUUUAUGGUCACAUUAAGGAUAAUUGCCCUAAGCUUGUCGUGAACCCGAGUAACACUGAAGGUGCAUCGACUCUGGAGGAAAAGAAGACUGCGGUGGCUGAACCAUUGAAGGAGAAACGGGCGGCGGUUGAACCAUAUGGCCCCUGGAUUCUGGUUGAGCCUUGGAAAAGGCAAUAA